AAAAGUCAGUUCUUGCCUGUUCCAGGGGCGGGAAGGAAACGCUGGUUUCACAGUGGAGCAGAAAAGCGCCGCCAGCAGCAAGCAGCCUUCUGGACCGGACCUUUAAUAAUAAAACUGCGAAGAGCUGUGUUACUUUUCUGACUGCUGAAACAAUCUGAAAGACUCGUCUCAUCAUGUUCACAGAGGUCCUACUUGCUCUGGUGAUUGGUGGACUGAUCUACUUCCUGGUUCAGAGGAGUAAGAAUCAAGUCCUAACAACAGAGGAUGGCUGGUGGGGUUCUGGAGCACCCUGUGAUGCUGGGGAGGAUGACACCAUCCGCUCCUUCAGGGUAACCACCAGCGAUCAAGAGCUGGAGGACCUCUACAGGAGGAUUGAUCUGACUCGUCCUUUUCCCUCGCUGGAAGACAGCCAGUUUAAUUAUGGCUUCAACUCGCAGUACCUGCAGAAGGUGGUCUCUUACUGGAGAAAUGAGUUUGACUGGAGGAAGCAGGUCGACAAGCUCAACCUGUACCCUCACUUCAAAACCAAGAUUGAGGGCAUUGAUAUCCAUUACCUGCAUGUGAAACCCAAAAAGGUGCCAGAAGGGACGAGUGCUGUUCCACUGAUUAUGGUCCAUGGCUGGCCUGGCUCCUUCUAUGAGUUCUAUGGAUUGAUCCCUUUGCUCACAGACCCGUCAAACCCACACGACCUUGUGUUUGAGGUGGUGUGUCCCUCCAUUCCAGGGUAUGGCUUCUCUGAAGCACCAAAUAAGAAAGGUUUUAAUUCGGUCUGUGCGGCUCGUAUCUUCCACAAACUGAUGAAGCGUCUGGGUUUCCAGCAGUACUACGCUCACGGUGGAGACUGGGGCUGGCUGGUCACCACCAACAUGGCUCAGCUGGAACCCAAAACUGUCAAAGGCUUGCAUUUGAACUUUGCCCCGCCCUCCAAGCCAGGGCUGUCCAUGGCUUUGUCCAUGAUGCUUGGCCGGCACUUCCCUAAGUUGUUUGGCUUCACUGACUUUGAUAUUCAGCGAUUAUUUCCCUGCAUGGAGAAACUGGUGGUAGAAUCCAUUAAAGAGACUGGCUACAUGCACAUCCAGGCCACCAAGCCUGACACUGUGGGUCGAGGGCUGAAUGACUCUCCAGUGGGUCUAGCUGCCUACAUUCUGGAGAAGUUCUCUACGUGGACGAGCCAUGAUUUCAGGAACCUGGACGAUGGAGGACUCACACGGAAGUUCUCUCUGGAUGACCUGCUGACAAACAUCAUGAUCUAUUGGACCUCUGGCUGCAUUAUCUCCUCCAUGAGGUUCUACAAGGAAAACUUUGGCCAAGGUCUUGAUGCUCCACAUGCAAAGAUACCAGUCUUUGUCCCCACGGGCUUCGCCUGUUUCCCCAACGAGUUGAUGCACACGCCCAAGCUGUGGGUCAAACAGAAAUACCGUAAACUUGUGACCUUUACUCCCAUGGACCGCGGUGGUCAUUUUGCUGCUAUGGAAGAGCCCCAGCUGAUGGCAGAGGACAUCCAGAAGUUCACAAAGAUUGUGGAAGGGAAGGUGAAAGAGUAGAGGGUGGACUAACAAAUACAGAUAUAUGAACAGACAUCACCUGGGACAAAGUUCUGAGCAGUAAGUGGACAUAGACUCUGAUUCUAGAUGAAGUAAGCUUUGUAUUUCUUAUCUGCAGUGGAUUCUGUAAGAUAUCAUAGCUCUCUAAGUGGCACUAUGAUAAAGUCAUAUGCAGUGUUAAUGGUGAAAUAAAGAGUGGUGACUGUAAUUGAAAGUCUGUUGAGAGGUUGGGUUACUAUGAAAAUAUAAAAAUUACAGCUUGUUUUCAAUCUACUGUUUAGAAUUUGAGGCUACACCUUUCAUUCUUAAACUUGCAGUUUAUUUUUAUGAAAUUUAUGUAAAAGUUGGACGUAGUCUCUGGUGAAAACUGGAGCUUAAACCAGCAUUCUUGCUAAAGGCCAGCAGGGGUUGGCAAAUCUGAUUAGAGAAAUGAUCCUGUUUGUAUAGUAGUCUAUGGAACAACCGCACAGCUCCUCACUUGAUCUGAGCCCUCAGUAAAAACUUUACUGAUGGGCUUUUGAUGUCAACUGAUGGUUUCAUGUCUUGUUAAAUAUAAAAUGAUACCAUCUUUGCAUUCUUUUUGAUCUACUUGGAGUAAAGUAGGUAACAAAACAAGGUAAAGUCGCACAGCUGCAGUUAUGAUUGUGCAGUCUCUCAGUUUCUCAGUCAGAUUUACCCUCCCCCAUGAUGUCUGGUUUCAAAACAUCAAGAUGGCAAUAGUUACGAGGUUGAAGUCAAGGUUUAAAAUAGCUACAAAGUAGUGGGUGAUGUCACAGUGGUUGGAUCCAUCUUUUAUGUCUGUGAAGGUUCUCAGUCGUCCAGGUCAUCGUAGUCUAAGGAGCUUGGAAAGAAAAGCGUCUGGACUCCAUCUUUUAUGUUCAGUCUAUUUUAAAAAACACAACCUUUCUGGAAGUUCCCGCUCCAUGAAUCCAGGGGUCCGUUCACUAGUUUCUAACUUCCUUACAGCAUCUCUCAGCCUCGUAGUUGUGAGAACAGUUUCUAAGCAGCUGCAGAUGGGAGGUUAGGGGGCACAUGGCGGGAUUGUGUUGACAGCAUAAACAAGGUGCCAGGCAUUCCUCUGACUGAUAGCAUGAAACCUCUCCACUUAAGCCACAACAAUAAUAACAUUUGAUUGCCUUAAAGCUUCAGGUUAUGUUUUAAUUUUUUUUUUCAGAGUAAUUUAAAACUAACUUGGAAGUUGAAAAGCUUUGAAGUCAGACGUCUGUUGAAACAUUCCACAACUUCUUAUGCAGAUGAUCCUUUACUGCCUUGGAGUUACUUGCCAGGGUCUGUAACGUGCAUCAGAUUUACAUCUUGUGUCAGUUAGCUUUUGAUUGGCUGCAGUUUACCCCGCCUUGAUGUUGGUGCAAGUUAAUUUAAAAUAUAUAUUUUACUAUCAUGACUAGAAAUUCCUCAUUCGAGGCCUAACAA